AUGCUGGGAAAUAUUGGUGCUCUGUCUUUCCGCCUUCCUGAGAUAUUUAUUGUAGCAGCAUCAUUUUAUUGUAGUAAGGUUGAUCAUUCAAUUGACGCAACUACAAGUGGCAAAAUGACAGUUGACUAUUACAAAGUACUUGGUGUAAACAAUAAUGCAACUGAUGCUGAAAUAAAGAAAGCCUAUCGGAAACUGGCCCUCAAGUGGCAUCCAGAUAAAAACCCAGAUAGAAAAGAGGAAGCAGAAAGAAAAUUUAAGGAGAUCUCUCAAGCCUAUGAAGUACUGUCUGAUAAACAAAAAAGAGAUAUCUAUGAUCGCUAUGGAUUAGAAGGUCUUACUGGAAUGAAUGCUGGUCCUGGUGCAGCUGACUUUGAAUUUGGUUUCGGUUUCCCAACUUUCCACUUCAGAGAUCCAGAGGAAGUAUUUAGAGAAUUCUUUGGUGGAAGAGAUCCUUUUGCAGAAUUUUUCUCAGGGGUGCGAAGAUGCAGAAGUGAACCAAACGAUAGAAUGUUUCAACAUUAUUUUCCAGGCUUUCCUUCUCCUGCCCUUUUUGACCCUUUCUUUGAUGAUUCUGUCUUCAAUGCUGGCCCAAGUCGAAGACGACAUCAUAACAGACGUCAAAGAAUGGAACAGCAGCAGCAAGGAGUUAGCCGCAGGCAACGAGGACCUUUUGGCUUUGGUUCACCUUUUGGUUUUGGAUUCCCAAGUCUCUUUGAUGACCCAUUUGACAUGGCUCCAGCAGGUUUCACAAGUUUUUCAACCACUUCUUUCAGUGGGCCAGCUGGUGGUGGAAACUUCCGUUCUACCUCUACUUCUACAAAGUAUGUCAAUGGCAAGAAGGUUGUAACCAAAAAAACCAUGGAGAAUGGCAUAGAAACAGUAACUAUUGAAGAAGAUGGAGUUUUGAAGUCCAAAACGGUUAAUGGAGAAGCACAAGCUUUGACUUACUGA